GAUAAUUUUUUUUUCUAAUUCAAAUUAAAAGCUUUGAAUUAAAUUAUCCCCAUGAUUGUAAUGGAGGGAGUGAUUGACGUUAAUCGGAGUCGGACAAGGAAGCCCAGCCCACGUAAGCCCCCAAAACAAAAACUACCUGUUCAAGUGUUCAUAGACGAAAAUUUCAGUGUCAGGCAGGCUCACUCUUGAACACAGCACGCUCACUGCGAAAGAAAUCAAAGAAAUAAACGCUUGAAGCUUGUUUCUUAUGGGUUUCUCUGGGUGCUAGCAUCAGUACUUUUCGAGAUUUUUGGAAGUGACUGAAUUAGAUUAUAUGAAAAUCCAUCAAGCGGGUUUAACCAAUUAUGGUAUCAGUACAGUCGAAGACUGUGUGGAUGAAAAGGCAGCAAUGUCCAUGUGGCGAUUGGAAAUGCUUUAUCACGUACGAGGGUGAGAUAGAUGAGAAUAAUCUGGGAUCCCAGUCGAUCAAGAAUGAUUCAGGACCAACAGAAACUAUGGUUGCCCCAUACGUGGGAAUGGUGUUUAAGAGUGAUGAUGAAGCAUUUGAGUAUUAUGGGAAUUUUGCUAGGAAAAACGGAUUUUCAAUUCGAAAAGAGAGAUCAAGGUUGAGUCCUCAAUUGGGUGUUUACAAGAGAGAUUUUGUUUGCUAUAGGUCUGGGUUUGCACCUGCUAGGAAGAAACAGACGGGGGAGCAUCAGAGGGACAGGAAAUCGGUUAGGUGUGGAUGCGAUGCAAAAAUGUACUUGUCGAAGGAGGUUGUAGAUGGGGUUUCUCAGUGGUCCGUUGUGCAAUUCAGUAACGUGCACAAUCAUGAGCUGUUAGAGGAUGACCAAGUUCGCCUGCUACCAGCUUAUCGUAAAAUUCAUGAGGCAGAUCAAGAGCGGAUUCUUCUCCUUUCAAAAGCUGGUUUUCCAAUUCACCGUAUAGUUAAGGUGCUUGAACUGGAAAAGGGAAUUCAAGGUGGACAGCUCUCAUUUCUGGAAAGAGAUGUAAGAAAUUUCAUCCAGAACCGCAAGAAAGUCGUUCAAGAGAAUGACGCUUUAUUGACUGAGAAAAGAGAAAGUGAAACAGUGGAUCUUCUGGAGGCCUGCAGGGCAAAUAAAGAAGCUGAUCCAUACUUUGUCUAUGAUGUUACUGUUGAUGAAAAUGAUAAAGUUGAGAAUAUUGCUUGGGCUUUUGGGGAUUCUGUUCAUGCCUACGACAUGUUUGGUGAUGUUAUCUACUUUGACUCAACAUAUCGUUCGAUGACUUACGGUAUGCUUUUUGGAGCAUGGGUUGGUAUUAGCAAUCAUGGAAAACUUCUCGUCUUUGGCUGUGCUUUUUUGCAGGAUGAAACCCCUCGAUCAUAUGCUUGGAGUUUCCAGGCUUUUCUCCGGUUUAUGGAAGGAAAAUAUCCAAAAACAAUUAUAACAGAUGUCGACCCUGGUCUCCGAGAAGCCGUGAGAAGUGAAUUGCCAAAUACAAAACAUGUCAUAUCCCUAUACAAUAUUCUUCCCAGAACAUCCAGCUGGUUUUCUCUUCCACUUGGCCCAAGGUUCCCUGAAUUUAAAUUUGAGUUUGAAGAGUUGUGCCAUUUAGAAAGUACUGAUGAAUUUGAAUUUCGGUGGAAUCAGAUGGUUUCCCACUUUGGACUUAAUUCAGAUAAGCACAUUGCUUUACUCUUUUCCCUACGCGCAUGCUGGGCUUUACCUUACACUCGAGGCUGCUUUCUUGCAAGAAUGGAUUGUACAUCGUAUUGGAAAUCCAUAGAUAUAUGUUUGAGAGGAUUAAUUGAAACUCAAACCUGUUUGCGUGGCUUUUUGGAGCAGACAGGAAUAUUGUCAAAUCAUAAAAUGCAGUCCCAUGAUGAGGUGCAGUAUAUGCAUCUUAAAACAUGCUUACCUAUUGAAGAUCACGCGCGUAGUGUUCUUACCCCUUUUGCAUUUAAUGGGAUACAACAAGAAAUGGUUCUAGCAAUGCAAUAUGCUGCAUCAGAAAUGGCUAAUGGGUCAUAUCUUGUACGCCAUUUCAAGAAGGUUGAUGGGGAGCGUCUUGUUAUAUGGAUACCAGAGGAUGAACAAAUUCACUGCUCCUGCAAGGAAUUUGAGUCAACAGGAAUUUUGUGCAGGCAUGCCCUUCGGGUGCUGUUAUUCAAGAACUGUUUUCAACUUCCAAGCAAAUAUCUUUUGAAUCGGUGGCGCCAAGAAAGCUCUCUUUUCUGUUACAGUGGACAAAGUAAUCCAAAAAUCAAGGAUGACUGGUAUCAGGAAUUCAAUUCCCUGACUGAGACUUUGUUUUCUGAAGCUAUUCUGACUAGAGAGAGAUCUGAUUUUGUUCACAGAGAACUUACUAAAGAGCUUCGAAGACUUAUUAGUCAAGUAAGAGAAAUGCCAGCUGUUGAUGAAGUUGUUCUGAAUGUUACUCUUUCACCGCCGAACGUAUUGUGAGAACUGUGUAUAUAAAACUCUAGUGGUUAAUCACCAGGAAACCUUUUACUGAAAGGAGUCUUCAGUGGAAGAGCUAAUGUGUUUUGGCCGUUGUAAUACAAAUACAAAAAGAAUCUAUGUAACUUUCCUGAAAUAUUACGAGAAAGAUAAAGUUGGCUUACUAGGUUAAUCCCGAGUCUGUAAAGUGCCAGUUGCAUGGAUAAUUAUGUGUUGAAGCAGUGAAGAAGAGAACUCUUGAUGAGGUUCAUCUUGUAAAUAAUGUAAGAUUAAUUUACUUAGACCACAAGUAAUUUGUUACCUUGAUUUUGUUAUUCCUCUUCUUUUCCUAAAUUGAGCUGCUUUGUCCAUUUAAUUCUUGCUUCUGCACCAGCUCACCACCCCUAAACU